GAUUCUUCGCAGGGGAACAGCAUAUACCAAAUAGAUAUUCUGAAGCGAAUCAAAACGAACUAUCCCAGUCUUGAAGUGAUUGCCGGGAAUGUUGUCACGCAGGCUCAAGCCAAAAAUCUGAUUGACGCCGGCGCAGAUUGCCUGCGGGUCGGAAUGGGCAGUGGAUCCAUCUGCAUCACUCAGGAAGUUUGUGCUGUUGGCCGAUCGCAAGCAACCGCAGUUUUUAAGGUAACUGGUGUUGAAUAUAAUGACCGCUUUUCCCUGACAACGCACUGCCAAUAA